AUGGCAUUCUCUCCACCAGAUAAUUGCCUGCAAUUUCCGCAACUAUCGCAUGACCCAAACAAUGACUGCGAUACAAACCCGAUCAGUGAGCUUCAGUUUUCGCUGCCACUAUGGCUGACCCCCCCUGGUUCGGAGCUGGGCCUAUCCGCGAGCUCAGUCGUCCAUGGGAGUGAAAAGGAACAGCUACCGCGAUGGAUCCAGACAGAGCCGAGCUGGUUAGAGAGCCUGGCUGGUUCUUACCAGAACCAGGAACCUUGUACUAACUGUGCCACCAAUUCAUACUCACAUUAUCAAAAUGCCGAUCGAACCUCUUCAGCACCCGCCGUUAAUAUUCAACAGGAGCUUUAUCCAAUCUCCACACCACAAAAGCAAAGCACGGGGCGGCGGAUACGUCGACAGAACCGCUCGUGUGAUCCCUGUCGUCUGGCAAAACGGGGAUGCGAUCUUCCCAGGGGGGUAGCAAUUUGUGGCGACAAACCCACAGCUGCGUGUACCAUGUGCUCUCUUCGUAGCAUGGAAUGUACAGUGGCCUGGUUAGCUAGCCAGAAACCCGCCCGCCAUAUCCAGAGGCGAGCAGAAAUUUCCCCUCGAUCUCCCAUGGGUAACAAGGCCCCCAAUUCCCAAUGGAAGCCAGUCGAGGAUGUGCCCCAGGUGCAAGGUUUACCUUUGAUACCCCGGGCCGAAUGGGACCAAGCGAAGCAGCUGGAGGCACGAGAAAGGUGCUUGCAGCACUUGUAUUUAUACAUCGAUGUCGUUGAUAUGCAGAUCACAUCAUGCCUUUCUGAGAGAUGCUUACCGCCUUGCUAUUCUCUGGGAAUUGACGCUCUUACUCCACUGAGUGACAAUGCUGAUGUAUCACCGUACUUGGAGCGCGCCCGAUCGAGUAUUAGCAAUUCGUGGUACAUGAAUCUGACAUCGUGGGACGCAACGUUUGCGACACCAAAUCUUUACCUCGCUGUGUCGCUCCUGGACACACUCUUUCAGCACCCGAGGUCCCGGCAGAGCCCUACAUCUAGCAAUAUGCGAGAUGGAGCUAUUGACGAAGCAUACAAAUGGGUUGCUAUUGCAACAGCCAGCCAGUUCAUAGUGCACGAAAGCAAUGGUACAGGAUCAGCCAAAUCCCAUGCACGGGCUAGAGACAUUGCUUUGGCUACAUGGCAACAAGCUAGAGACAUGCUCUUCAAGAACAUUGGAGCAACUGGAUCUUUUCGCCUGGCUCUCUCUCUCGUUCUUUUUGGUGGAAUCCUGCCACCGACAGGGCUAGAGCAGAGCGAAACGUGGGCAGAGGAUGUCACUUACGCGCACCGUGAGGGGGCUCAGCGUCUUCGAGCACUCUGUUCCAAUGCGCGUGUCUAUCUCCAGGAAAAUCGCGGGAAAGAGAGCCCUUCCCUCUCGUCCUUAAAAGUGGUAGGCACCGGCACUGAGAGACGAAAGUCACACGCCGUCCAAGGAUUCUCUUCCGAAGCUCGGCAGUACAUCCUAGAAGUGGUUGGCGCCAUUGAGUGGUUAUUCUGGAUGUCUCACUCCGCUACUAUCGCCAUGUCUCGUGAGAGAACGGGCCCGACGAAUCUUGACCUUCAAUACGCUAGUGUUAAUAGAUUACCCUUGCGGGGACCAACACAGCCCGGCAAUCUGGACGAACUGAACACUAGGAGGCAUGAGCAAGAAAUUGCGAAUUCUAUUCUUGCUCGCGCUCGACCUAAACAGCACAAUGUCACAGCGCUGUGGUCUCAGAACGUAUCGUGUGAUGUCGUGGAUCGCGCUGUCACUAAUACAGGCUCGCUUGCUGUGCUGCUGUGGCGGUCACUAGCCUUGCUGACACUAGCAUCGCAGGAUCUGUUAACGGGCACGGGAGAUGAUGAAGACUUUCAGCGCCACUACACUGCGACAACUACGCUUAUCGACUCGUGGCGAGAAGCCUUUGGUCGAAUCACCCCUACAGCUAUUGAGAGCUUACAAGUGUCCCGAGCAAAUGUCCAACGCAGGGUUCUCUUCUGCGCCACCGACGGCGACUUGGCAAUUCUCCUGUUCGAUGAGCUUAUCCGCGAAUUGGAGGCAGCACUUAUGGAAUCAUCACCAGCUGAUGACAGCCUCUACACGACUCUCCGAUCGACGAGUGCGGAUCGUCAAGAGGAGAGGCUUGUUAGCGCCAUGAAUAUAUCCUAUCUCGCUUCGCUGAGUAUUAGAGCGCCGAGCCCCGGGUUUCAGGGAGACCAUGGUUUGAAGGCAAAUGUGCAGGACAUUGCUGCGCAUCCGCAACCGGCGCUUGUUGUCAAGGCCUAUACACUGGCUGCCAAAAUACUUGCAGACGAGAUACAGCGAUUGAUGACUAGGAUGGAGACAAGCAGCGUGUACACGCUGACAACCGGCCUGAAUAACUGCCUACAAGGGCUGCAGGCGCUGGAAAAGACCCUUGCGAUGUUUCCCAAUAGAGACGAUGAUGGUACAAAAACACCCUUAAAGUAG